AGUGUCAUGAGAUGUAACAGUCCAGCCUCCGAGGAGCAGAACAGCGGAGAGGCAGCAGCAGCAGCAACAGCAGCAUCGGGGAUUCAAGGAACUGCAACUCCAGGAAGAGCAGCAAGGAGGCCCGAGGAAGGCAGGUUCCUCUCCAAGUAAACACCAUUCUACAUGUGCCCCUGAGGACUUUUAUUGUGAUGCAUUUCAGAGCUGAUACCAGUAUCCCUCAAUCCAUUAACGGGUGCUGUUGAAGGUAAAAAGCUUCACUCCUGUGGGUCCACCGAUCAGGUUCCCAUGGCGUCGCAGGAGCUUGUGAAUGACAGAGACUCUGCAACUGAUAAUCUGAACCCGGGAACGGAUGAUGGCGCUGUGCCAAGCACGGGCAAAACCUGUCCUGUCCACGUUGCAGGUGGUGAGGAUGCAAAGCGGGGUUUCCGGAAAGGCAUAAGCAGACAUAAUGACUAUGUGAAGAUCCCCGUGCCGGAGUCCAAAGUCAACCGAUUGCCCACAGAGUGGUGGAAGACAGUGAUGGCUUUCUUUUAUGCCACUUUCAACCUGAUCUUGACAACAGUUGUCAUUACAAUCGUACACGAGAGGGUCCCCCCUAAAGAGAGCAGCCCGCCUCUUCCUGAUAAGUUUUUUGACUAUAUUGACAGGGUCCAGUGGGCAUUUACAGUGACAGAGAUCAAUGGCAUGUUGCUACUGGCCAUUUGGAUUAUCCAGUUGUUCUUCUUCAGAUACAAAUCCAUAGCAUGCAGACGGUUCUUCUUCCUCAUUGGCACCCUGUACCUGUACCGCUGCGUGACGAUGUACAUCACCACCUUGCCUGUGCCCGGCAUGCACAUGACCUGCGCUCCUAAGCUCCAUGGAGACUCCCAGGCAAAGAUUCAACGGAUUCUGCGGCUGAUUUCAGGCGGAGGCCUUUCCAUGACGAACUCUCACCUCUUGUGUGGGGACUUCCUGUACAGCGGACACACGGUGAUGCUCACCCUCACCUACCUCUUCAUCAAGGAGUACUCACCGCGCUCGUUUUGGUGGUACCAUCUCAUGUGCUGGCUCCUUAGUGCUGUGGGUGUGGUCUGCAUCUUGGUGGCACACGAGCACUACAGCGUGGAUGUGGUCGUGGCCUACUUCAUCACCUCCCGUCUGUUCUGGUGGUACCACACUAUGGCCAACUUACAGAUUCUGAAAUGUUCACCCAAUAACUACCUCACCAACACCUGGUGGAACCCGCUGUUCAACUUCAUGGAGAGGAAUGUCCAGACGUCGGUGCCGUGCUCGUACAGUUGGCCCAUCACCUGGCCUCCCGCCUGCCUGAAAAACCCCUGCAAGAAGUACUCCAUGGUACAGAGCACAAGAGAGGAGUGACUUCAGGCCAGCACAGCAGUUUAAAGUGGAACUUAUUCAUUCAGUAUUGUCUCCUGAGCAGGGACCCGAAGCAUACCAAAUCCUUAGAUGUUAGAGAGAAGUUUCAUCAGAAAUAGGAAAAUCAUAAUAUCUCUGUAUUUAUGCCACUGUGAUUUAUUUAUGAUCCAAAAUGUUCCAAGUUGUCAUUGUUUGUGUACUGUAAAUGAUGCUUGUGUCAGUGAGUUCCAAACACAUGGACGUACAGUUUUUAUCAUACAUCAGCAUACUUGCAUAUUUGUUGCUGUACUUGACAUUUAUUUUGCAUCUGCUGACACAACUCCUCUAUGUUCUAUCUUUUGAUUAGGUUUUUCCUCAAUAUGAUGUCAGUGUACUUAAGUCACAAGGUGCCUUAGAGUGUAAAACAUCUAUCAGCCCUAGUGUAAUUUUUGUCAUUUUUUAAAAAUCUUUAAUUUUGUGUUGGUUUUCUUUUAGUAGCCAUGAGUCUGUGAGGCUGUAGUAUUGACAUUGUAUAAGUGUAUUAAAGUUUAAUCAUGCUAAAGCUUAGGUGUAAUGCUUUUAUGAAAUUAAACCAAAGUGUUAUGCGAUGAACAACAAUUACCUAUAAAAUUGUUCCACUUCUGCAUGAAAGUAAAGUCCAUUCAGCAUACACUAGAGGAACAUUACCACAGGAAAAGCAAUGCUUCGGGCUGUGGUACUUAAAUCAUUGCUUGUUUCUGUUCAUAGUUCUCACAUUUCUAUAUUAAAAACAAUAUUCAGAUUUUCAUGUUUAUAGUAAUAUUUUAGCAUUAAUACAUGGAAGUAGGUUAAAGAAAGAGCUAGAGUAUAAAUAGCCAUAAAAAGAAAUAAAUAAUGAGUCUGAAUCUUAUGUAGACAUGUCAACAAAAGGUAAUAAAGUAAA